CAUCGCCACCUUCGCACUCGUCGCUGUCGAGUCCUCCGCGGCACGUAUCAAUCGCCAGGAGUCCGCCGACGAGACAGAUUACCGCGAAUCCGUCGAGACGCGAGUGUCGCGUAAGGGCACAGUCAGGGUGGACUCGUCAUCCCGCUCGUGCGACCAUGAAGGUCCCGCGGGCGCGAAGCGCGCCGACGAGAUAGUCUACGGAGGAAGCUGGCUCGCUCGCGGGAAUCUCUCGGUUCACUUCCGAGAGUAGGACAAUUACUCUCGUUCGAGAGGGAAAAAGCGGGUAGAUCGAUAGGCCAGCUGGUGUGCGUGCGUUCGCAGCCGUUUUCGUAGCCAUUCGGCGUGAGCGCGCGGGGUGCGGCCGAGGAUGGUGAAGGCACCGAGCGUGGCACCCGCCGGUGGUCCGGCGGGUGUCAGGAGGAUCCAUCCCGGUCCCGAAAUUGCCAUGAACCCGAGGAAUCUGCCCACAGCAUCCGCGAGCAUGCCGCCUGCUAUGCGAGGAGAUGCCAACGCUGUCGGCAGAACGACACCCGUUUAUUAUCCUCAGGUGGACGUCUCGACCCAGGUAGACCUGCACAGCGGCUUCGGCGGUCCUGGCGGUGUUAUGGACUCCUGGGAUCGUCGCGCGACGCCGUUGUACUCGCGCGAGGACAUCAAAGAGCAGUACUGCAUCACCAGCCGGCAGCUGGACGCCGUCGAGAAGUCCGGCGGCGGUUUCUUCGGAUGCCUGUCCACGAGGGGACCGUCGCCGUGCAGCUCCACCAGGAAUUCCAUCCUGUCGGCGUGCGUGCGUAGCGUUCCCAGCGACGAGAACCUCUGCGACGCGCCCUAUCCCCGAAGGCCCCUCCAAAUUAUGUACCGUCAGCCUUAUCCGACCUAUUCCCGCGGUCUAUCGCGGUACGACCUUGAGGACGAGGCGGACUGGAUCGAGAGUUCCUACUUUAGACGGCGCCCAAGAUCGUUUUGCACCGUACCCGAUCCGAAGAGGUACACUUGGGUCCCGGAGGACGAAGAAUCCAUGAAGUUGGAAGGUCCACGACCAGUACUACCACCAAUAGUACCUCCCCCUCCUGCCUCUGUGACAACGAUGCAAAUAUCGCAAGCUCCAAAAGCGAAGCACGUGAGCUUCGCACGAUCGCACACGCUUACAUCGUUUGAAGUCCCAAGGAACAUAAGCCCGCCGAGGCCACAUAAUCCGGAACGUCUUAUAGACUCGCAGCCGACUAUGCAGAAUACUAUACUGCCUUCGUCCUUACCCUUAGCUCAUCCUUAUCCUGGCGUUGAGCCACGUGUUCUCGUACUUGAGAAACAACCUAAACGCGGUGCUAUGAAGACUCAGGCGACGCAAACCGAGCUCCCGCCAAUGUUUCGCGGUCGUAUACUUCCGGUGACUCUCAGUCCUAGAACUAUCCAUCGUGUCAAGAUGGUUUCGCAAGGUGCUCAAACUAAUGGUGUUUUCAACGGUAGAAAAUUAACCAAAAGUUACUCGGAAGCUGGACAGUUAGGAACGCCGCUUGGUGGCCAGGCUGGUGCGCCAGCAAAAGAGGAAACUGAACACGAGCCGCUCCAUAGGACUCAAAGUGAAGAGCCACCAAGAUCACCCUUUCUUAUUUCAACAACACCACCACCUAUUCACUCUGUCGCCACCACCGUUGUCGUUGAAGAAACUUUGCCAAAUGGAGACAUCGCAAUUGUUCCUAUUGGCGUUUGUAAUCAACAUCGUAAAUCCCUCGAUGUAGACGAUCAGGAGAUUUUUAUAAAUUUCAAACCGGCACCGGUGUCGCCUGAUGCUCGCGCACUUCUUAGCCGGAUCUCCGAGCCCUCUCGUCGAUUCCUUCCUCUCCAGAAGACCUUCUCCGAUGGCGAAAUUCGUGUCGAGAGACGUGAACUUAUUGGAGAAAGUAGCGAGCCGAGUUAUCCUCACACUUGCAGAAGGAAUCAGCAGGAUUCUUGGGGCAGAACUGUCAGAACACCCGUCCAAUUUUCCUCGACACCCGAGGAUCUAUCUUUGUUGCGAAGCCUCUCGCCUCACGAGGAUCAUCACGAGGAGGAGUUCCACGAAAAUCUAAUACGUCGGGGUCUCUUUCGAAAAAGAAGCGUAUCCCUUGAGGAUGGUGUACAAGGUCUAUCAUCAGAUGAUUUUAUGCUUCCUAGGUCACUUCCAACUUCUCCUACGUCGCCAACCGCAGCAGCAACAACACGAAGAAUUUCGCAGACGACCCCGAAGGACGAUUCGUUACCCACCUGCGCUUUACUGCACACUGCAGUCUAUCCGCCUGCUUUUAGUACUGGAACCGGCGUCGCCGGUACUAGUAUCGUCGGCCAGGUGACUUCACCGUUUGCCUCCAGUGAUUCUUUAACGAAUGACGUGACCAGGGACCACAGCGACGGAAUAUGGAACGAAUCACAAGCGACAGUUCUUCAAGCUGAUUCGUUAGCUUUACUGACACCAUCCUCGAGGAGAAGACAUCUCCUGCUUUUGCAACAUCAGCAACGUUCCUCGAUGGAUACCGAGGCUCUGGACGUGGAAGACGAGGUGGAACCUUGCCCGCCGAGUCCGAGAAUACGUCUGGAACCAGCCACUCCGGUGCAACCUCUCACACCAAGACCGUCUUACAGAAUACAAGAUCUGUUACCAGUACAGUUUCAACAAAUUUACUACAAUGAUGUAUCCACAGCAGCACAUUUUUAUGCGUACGAUAUUAUCGAAUCAUCUAUUUCUGCGAGUAACGGCCGACCGAGAAGUGGAUUACGCCGCGCGAGCCCAGGUCCGCCGUUGUCUCAACCCCAGUCACAGUCGUCGAGCGAGUUCGGUUUGAGCCUAGCGAGGACCGACUCGGGCGGACGCACGAACACCGAUAUUUCCGAGACCUCCGAGGAUUAUGUCACUGCCAAUACUUCUACGGAAACCGGGACCACUACAGGCACGUCCGCCACGACCAGUUCCUGGUCGAGGCCACCGCAGACGUCCAGUGCUGCGGCAUCGGCGCCCGCUUCGACCACCGCGACCGCCGCUGAAGGCAGCUCCUUCGAAAGCGCAAGCUCAAUUUACAGUCUGGCGAGGAGCGAGGCUGUUAUCGAGGAGCCAUGUAGUCCGCCACCAAUUUUAGAAGAAGCGGAAAUUGCAUUUGGAUUAGAACUACCUCCACCGGCAAUGAGGUCUAGUAGCAGCAGUAGUUCAGGUAGCUACGACCUAAAGGACGCUAUGACGGACCCGAAUAAUGAUUUAGAGCAAGUCGCUCCACGCAGUGGACAUACUUCAGAGACUGAAUUGGAUCGAGAUGAGGGCCAUCGAUCGUCGUCCGGAGGUUACGCCGAGUCGCCACCUGACGUUCGCAUGUGGAGCGAAGAGGAACGUCGUCGAAAGAAGAAAACUUUCAGCUUAGACUUCCUCGGAGGAACAUCGAGCAACGUAGAACUGGAGCACCCCGCGGAGCCGGUAUAUCCGGAGAAUGUCGAGGUCAGCCCGACUCCUAGUCAUCGUCACAGAUCGCGCAGCAAGCCAACGUCGGCUCGAAGUCCUCAUCGGAAUAAUAGAAAACGGGACUCUGUGCAACAGUCGACGCAAAUGCAGCAACAACAAGUGCUCAGAAGUCCACAAAAGGAGGAAUGGAGAAUGGAGCAAACCGAAGAUGGUCCACACGCGCCGACAUCCGACGAUUCAAGCUGCAGUCAUCAUUAUCAUAUGCAUCAUCACCACCAUCAUCACAUGCAUCGAGAAGGUGCAGAGAACGCGAGACAUCGUCGGACCAGGGAAAGCCCAAGAAGAAAGACCAGUGGUUAUAUUUCUACCAGAAGACGCAGCAAUGAGGAUAAGAACGCGGCGUUAACGGGCAGUUUACCGCGAAGAAAGUCCCGUGUCGCGGACGACAUAGUUUGUUCUAGUCGCUUGAGUCCUGGACGUUAUCAGCGUAGUCCAGGGCACAAUGGCCAGCGAGCGCUCGUCAUAGAAGCACAAAGUCCGGAGGCGAGACUGAAAGCACUGUCGGCGGAAUCGUUGAGAUCCGUCAGUCCGGGCAGCGACAGCGUCUUUUAUAGCGAGAGCGCCGAUCAGCCUUGCAUCUCCGUUGCCGCUUUGGACGCUGCGCACUGUCAUCAUUGUGGCAGAGAGGUGUCGGAAGAGAUCGUUCGACCGCCGGCAGGUUUUGCGGACUCCCCAGAAGGGCACAGAACAUCUUCCAAGCACGUUACAGGACAUCGGUUGUACAAGAAGUUCGACAAGAGGUACAGGUCGGAAGAUCGAGGAGACCGUAGACAUCGCCGUAGCAGUGCCGGUAGAUCGGACAUUCGGGCCAAAUCGGAAGAAAGAGCCACUCCCCGACCAGGAAGUAGAGGUUCAAUCGAUGACAUGGGCAGGAGAAGAUUGCAAGCUCGAAGUACCGAUGCUAGUAUGGAAAUUCUUACAGGAAGAGAAGAUGAGGAUACUUAUGUAGAACCGUACUUAAGUAGCGAAUGGAUCUAUAUCGGGGAUCUCGAGGAAAGUCACGUAUGGAAAAGGCCUGACAGCAGAGAUGGUGACGACGAAGAUAGUAUCCAUAAGGAGCGACGGGAUUCUCAAGAAUCUACGGAGAGCGAGAAGAAUUUUAAGAAGAGAUAUCAAGCGGCCACGCAUAGGAUGGUACAUCGAAAAAGCAGCGGUGAAAUGUACAAGAGGAUACAAACGAAAUGUUUCGGACAACCGACGAUGGUGUGCAACUCCGCGGGUUCUGAGUGCACGACGGAAGUGGGCAAGGACGUGACAUUGAAGCAAGCUCUGGAAGAGCUGCUUAAGUGCAUGCUCAGAGUCUGGUGUAGGGAGGGUCAAGCUCUGGCGAAAUUUGGUGUGACGACGCCAGAAAGCGACAAGAGGGUAGUUGUGAAACGCGAAGCUGGCGGCGAAUUUGGAUUCCGUAUUCAUGGCUCGAAGCCCGUGGUAGUUUCCGCGAUCGAGCCAGACACGCCCGCGGAGAGUUCCGGUCUCGAGGUUGGCGACAUCAUCAUGUCGGUGAACGGCAGAAGCGUUAUGGACGCUACGCACUCGGAGGUCGUAAGACUGGCGCACUCCGGUACGGAUGUUCUGGAAUUAGAAGUCGCAAGAACCUGCAACGUGUUGGCGCCGCGUGUUGCACGUACCGGAGCGAAGGAGAGCGCUGAAGAAGCACCACUCUACUCGGGAUACUUAUGGAGAAAAUCCACAUCGUCGUGCACGGAAAAAUGGGUUCGACGAUGGUUCGCUCUUCGUCGCGACAACUGCCUGUAUUGUUAUAAGACUGACUCGGAUUCGCAACCGGUGGGAGCGGUAAUGCUUCUCAAGUACGAUGUGGAGCAGACGCCUGAAUUGAGAGUGCAUGGUUUCGCGAUAAAGAAAAAAGGUGCUCCAACACUACGACUGGCGGCCGAUACCGAAGACGCGGCAGCUCGAUGGAUUACGGUUAUUCGCGAAGCUGUUGAGAGGAACAAUCAGAUUGACACUUGGCUGGACUCUUCGCUAAGAAUGAGAGAGAUGGCUGCGUGCGCUAUCCAGAGGCCAGAUUGUUUCGGGUAUUUGAACAAACAACAGGAACACGCGCGGAAAACGUCCUCGCCCACAGGCUGGUCCAGGCGAUAUUGCGUGCUGAAGGAUGCCGCACUGUAUUUCUAUGACGACGCCAACGCCGAUAAAGCAUUUGGCGUGGCGUGUCUACACGGCUUCAGGGUACAUAGCAGCGCUCCGAGUUCCGGCGGCAGGAAACACGCUUUUGAGUUGCAACCACCGGAUCCCACGCAAAGGAGUUAUAUCUUCGCUAGCGAAUCAGAAAUGGAUAAAAAACGGUGGUUGGCCGCCCUUGAAUAUUCGAUUGAUCGGUGGAUAAAAAUAGGUUGAUGCGAAACAAUCCGCCCUACGAUGAAUCCAACGAGUCGCAGUAGCGAAGAUCGUCCAAGGAAAUCCUCGUCCGUAUCCGUUUCCGGUUCCUAACACGUUGUGGAUUAUCCGCGACGAUCGCCGUUGUUACCUCGACGAUCACCACACGCUCGUGGAUGUUUGCCAAGAUUCUUUCAUUUCAACAACAUUAUUAAGUCUCAUCGUCAUGAUCAUCACUGUAACUGCUGAUUAACAGUGACGUUACAUUAAAUUGUUCAAAUAAAAGUUAACGCUAAAAAAACAAGAUAACUUGUGUUCAGAAUUGUCUUAUGUCGUCGGAAUUGUUUAUCAGCAGUAAUGCAAUUCCAUCGAACGUCAUCGAGACCAUUUGAGCAGAAAGAUCGAUAUAAUCUUGAUGAGUUGAAUGCUAUGGGGAAUAAAGAAAUAUAUUUUAUGUCGGUUAUGUAUAUUGCGUUUCUUCAUCCCGAAUGAACGAACGAAUGGACACUUUUGUGUUUCCGUUCCAUCAAAAUCGAAACUCAUCAAAAUUAUACUGAUUCCAAUUUUAGUAAUAAAUUUUUUUUCAGAUCCAUCGCGCGUCAAGUUUACCCCAUUUAAUCUCCAUCCUGUCCAUUGCACAUCCCAUUAUUAGCACAAUAUUUUAAUUUUGAAUACUUGAAUUUUGAUCAAAACAUGGUAGUAAAAUAAUGAACAUUAUAAAAAAGAACGAAAUCUUUAAAAGAACUUUAAGUGUUAUAUAAUAUGAUUCGCGGCGAUCUUGAUAUAAUUGAGAAAACGAAAGCCCUCCGAGGUUGUUUGUCGCUAAAAUUCUAUACGCACAUGAAGAUAACUUUACGAGGAGAGUAUCUUCAAGAAAUAAGCGAUAGAUUCAUCGGAUCGAUUAAUUCUAACGGCGAAAAAAGAGAUACGUUUUGCGUAAAAUGCGUACGUGCAUGCGUAGCGGUAGUUACGCAUAUGCGACACAUGUACAUGUGGAAUUGCCAUUACCUAUAUCGCUAUUCUUACCAACGCCAAUAUUUAUAACAAACCACAGGGCUUACCUGUGAAAACGAGAGAAAUAAAAGGAUCGUGUGUGUGCCGGCGUGUCCAGAUUGUGUGAACACGCGCAAUUAUCUAUCCAAUAGGGACAGAAAAUCCAAGAUAUUAUGCGUAUCUGUUGAAAAUCGCGCUUAUCUUCUUGCGUGUAUAGUAGGGAAGUACGAGGAAAUAUACAUUGGCGUAUAUACAUUUUAACGAGAAGAUAGCCCUACGCUGGCACAUCAAGUUCAGACUGAUCCUGUCCGCUCUUAUCUUGCAUAUAGGGUGUCUCUGAAUUAUCGGCACACAUUUUAUAGAUAUA